AGGAGGGCUGUGGGAUGUCCGGUAAAGGAUGGGGAUUCUCAUUGGCGGCUUGGGAAGAGAUUGCUUGGAAUUUGAGGCAAACCCGUGGAGGGGACACAGAAGAAUCCUACAAUCGGCAGUCUUCUCAGUCUUAGUCCAGUCACUGUGCGGAUUCUGCUCCUAUUAACUGAGUAUAACAGCGGAAUGAUGACCUCCAAGUCGAAGUGGCUGAUUGUAGUCCUGCUUCUGCUCAAUGAACAAGCACUGUGCAAGGUGCAGCCUUCUCCGCGUGGAAUUCUUAGAGCAGGCGGGACGGGCCGAAUAGAUCCACCAACGCAGCCACAAUUUGGUCUCCCCGUUGCAGAAGAGCCAGAUUCUGAAUCAACUCUUAGACCUGCAGAGAAGCGCCUAAAUUCAGCCAAACGUAUGGUAUCUCUCCUCAAAGCGAAGCUACAAGGCUCGAUUCCACAUCUCUCCAGUGUGAGGAAUAUAAGCUGUGGGGAGCUGCUGUCAGCCAGCGGUCUUGAUGACCCUUUCUCUUCCAAGUUCCCACAGGAGCUUCUGGGUCUGUCCUUGGUGCCAGUACUGGUGGUGGCUGGCUGCCCGCAGGAGGCGCACACGCUUGUGGUCAAGCUGUAUGGCUCGCUGGGCGUGGCCGAUACCAACGAACUCCUCCUUGAAGUGGAAGACUUGAUCCAGAGGAGAAAGUCACCAUCUGAAGCGAAAACAUCCACUCAGGAGAGUGACCAAGCAGAGCGCCACCUAGAUGCCGUCAUGUUUAACAUUCAGCAGCUGGCCACGGUGGGAAAGGGUUUAGGACGAGCGAAGCCGAUGCAAAAUUGCGACGGUUGGACCAGGGUUAAUGGAACCAUGCUGCUUGGAGUCGUUGUCCAGGAUGCUAACAGCGGGCUGGAGAAGGCCAUGGACACCUGUGAAAGGAUGGGGGUCAUGUGCGCCGGGGUCACAAGCGGUGGGCUCCCCGGACGAUAUCAGGCGGUGUUCAAGAAAGGCAGUCGCAUCCUACCCUCGCAAGCCACCGACUGUUGGAUCCGUCAGUGUUACGCAGAGCUUUCAUCCACCGGCGCCUCUGCUCGACGGCUGCGACGCGGCCUCCGGGGGACGUGCAUCAACCAAAAUGAGGAGCGCGUGUUCAGAGUGAUGGAGUGGAUCCCUGCAGUCAGCACCCUCUACAACUUGGGCACGGCUGUUUACUACGCAUCGGUCAACUGCUCCGAAACGGCCAAAGAAAGAGCCGUACUCACCGCCGUGGACCUCGGGACAGACGCCCUCAUGGUCGCCACGGGUGGCACCGCCGGUGUGGCUGGUUAUGCACUCGGUGCCGGUGUCAAGACAGGCGUCAAGGCUGGGGUUAAGUACCUACUAGGCUCCUUGAAGCAUGAAGAUGAUGUGUUGGUCAACCAGUCCAGAUGGGAGGAGGGUGUCUUUACUGUACAGUAAUCUUAAUGAACCACGCCAA